UUCCGCAUGUCAAACCGCCCGAGUUUCAGAAUUGAAGAUCGAAAAUCUAUCUCAGUUGAAUACAAGCACGAAAACUGUCUCGGCAAAACACUGAGUAGCAGUAUAUAUAAAGGAUCUUAUAGAAAUGAAUCCUGUGCAAUCAAAAAGUACCAUGCAACAUCCGACUUCGAUGACAAGGGUUUUAUGCGAGAGGUUUCAUCUUUGUGUGCUCUUCAGCAUGAAAACAUCGUUAAAAUUUUAGGCUAUUUCGUCCCACAUGAAGACGCUGUAAAUCAACAUUUUCUUCUUGUGAUGGAAAUAGCUGAGCUUGAUUUAGCAAAGGUGAUUUAUCCUUUGCCUGAAAAGGAUGGCAGUACUGCCCUGGAUGGUCUUGAUCCCUGGACUAUGUACAAUGUGUACGUCUACAAUUAUAUGCACGUAAUCCAUUGGGCAAAGCAGAUGGCUAGUGCACUGCAUUUUCUUCGCAGCCAUGACAAGCAAAUCGUCCAUCGAGAUUUGAAGCCGGAAAACAUCCUCAUGUUUCCGAAGACAAUAGACGGAGAAGUGUUCAAUUUCUAUACGUGUAAGAUCACAGACUUCAACUCUUCUACCUUCAUGAAGAACCAGACACAGUCAUGCAGAGGGUCAUCUGGGUUCAUGGCCCCUGAGUUGGAAUAUUCUUCUCCUAAUUCGUCUGAGGUUAUCAGUCCCGCCUUGGAUGUUUUCAGUUUCGGCAAGGUAUUCUUCGCCAUGAUAGAUCGUAGUCCGGGAGACAUUGAGGCCAGGGGAUUUGCCAAUGACUGUAACCCCAGAGUGAGACGUCUUUACGAUAGAUGUACAUGCAGAAGUGCCAAAGACCGACUUGCUCCACUGGACAUAUUAGAAGAAUUGGAUGAGUGGGUGGAGGCGUUCAAAUCGUGUGAUAUGAGUGUGGAGAUUGAGAAGGUGCAGAGUUUUCGGGUGAAGUUUGACAGCAGCCACAACAAGUGCUUCUACAUCAUGAACACUGAGGCAGUCCCCAACGAACAAGUUGGAGAGUGCAAAACCAGCGACACACACGGUGGUCUCCGGUUGACGUUUGAGAGUGUGAACAAGGAACUGCAGGAUAAAGUGGAGAUGAACAAACAGCAGAGAGAUCAGGAACAGGCUCUCAAAGUACUUCUUCAGGAAUUCGGACUUGUCGACGCAUAUCAGAAAGAAGAACGUGUGCGAAAAGCUGUUACCGAACACUUAACAGCCCAGAGCUACUAUCAGAAACAACUGGCACUCAAGAAACGAGACGACGAUUUGAAAACACGAAUGGCAUAUUUGAAGGCAAACCCAGAUGAACUAAUGCGUGCUCUUCAUGUUAAAAAAGAAGAACUUGAUGGGCUAAUUGAGCGCAAGGCUAUUUUGACCGAGAAAAUAUUGACACAAUAUAUGAAAUGUCAAAUGCAAGAAGAUGACGAAUCGCAGAGUGAGUUUUCGCAUAAUGAACAAGAUGAAAGGUUUCAUCAAUUAGAAAGUCUUUCGAUUCCAGAAAAUCUACCAAGUAGUUCAAGGAGAUGAAUUUCGAAAUGGAAUCUUUCAUCAGAGUUGCCAAGCUCCGAAAAUAUGUUUUAAUAAAAAUCUUAUCUUAAAAUCUUUAGUUACUAAUAACGACUCCGAACCGAAUUUUUGAUUCGGUUUUCAUUUAUUCUUGCGAUGUGAUUCUAUCAGUAGUUAAAUCCUCUUUUUGAAACUAGCUUAGAAAAAUGCAGAGUUAGAUUGAUCUAGAUCGAUUUACUUGAAUUUAUUUUAUGCUAAUAUCUGAUGCUAAUUUAUUUGUACAUAAAUGAAUUUGUUUAUUGAAGUUGAAGCGGAACUAUAAAUUAGU